AGUCCACUCUGCUGAGCAUCUUCUCCCAGGAGUACCAGAAACAAAUCAAAAGAACACAUGCCAAACAUCACACUGCUGAGGCUAUUGAAACUUACUAUCAAAGGUUUUUUUAGUUCCAUUGACUUCUGUAGACAUCUGUGACAUAAUUGGGGCAUACUGAUAACUGGUACCGGAGUAGGGUGAUGAAAAAUGCAGCUGCCCCUGUAUUAUUGGAGCUAGCCAAUGAGGUGGACUUUGCACCAUCAUUGAUGGCUCGAAUUGUGCUGGAAAGAUUUUUACAAGAACAGGAGCAAGGUAUCCCAUCCAAGACUCUUAUAAACAGUAUGUUACGGGACCCUUCUCAGAUUCCAGAUGGAGUUCUAGCAAAUCAGGUCUAUCAGUGUACUGUGAAUGACUGUUGUUAUGGACCACUGGUGGACUGCAUCAAACAUGCUAUUGGACACGAACAUGAAGUCUUGCUACGAGAAAUGCUUCUGAAGAAAAAUCUCUCUUUCCUAGCUGAAGAUCAGCUUCGUGCAAAGGGUUAUGACAAAACACCAGACUUUAUUUUGGAAGUGCCAGUAGCUGUUGAAGGCCACAUAAUUCACUGGAUUGAAAGUAAAGCUUCAUUUGGUGAUGAAAGCAGCCACCAGUCAUACCUUCAGGACCAAUUCUGGAGCUACUGGAAUAGAUUUGGUCCUGGAUUAGUCAUCUAUUGGUAUGGUUUUAUUGAAGAGCUAGACUGUCAUCGGGAACGCGGUAUCCUGCUAAAAGACUGUUUUCCUACUGACAUUGUAACACUGCGACGCAGCAUGGCUCAACACUGAUGCUGGAAGAGAAGUUGGGAAGAAGAGGUGAAUCCGGAAGCAAUUUUACUUUCCUGCAGUGUAAACUACUGGCAACAUUCUGCCCUGAACUUCAGCUGAACUCUUGCUGCCCCUGAUCACACUACUACCUCUUUAGACAAACAUAUCAAGAGUUUCUGCUUUGCUUCAGACCUCUGUUGUUGUGAGCAGCCAAAAACUACAGACACAACCCACUCAUUAUCAGCUUUCUGUCUCUGUUGAACAGUUAGUUUACAGAUAGUCAUAAUCUUUUUUUUCCUUCCGGAUGGCUUCUCCUAGGGUUCUUAACAAAAGGAAGAAUGUGGAGGCUGAAAGGUGCGACUUACUGUUCUCCUCCCUGUGUUAUGAAGUCACCUUAGAAAAAGCCCUUCUAUUAUUCCAUUCGCAACCUUAUUUCAAGUGUUAAAGAUCCAGCUCAAAGAUGCACAUAAGCCACAAAAUCUGGUUAUGGCUGUAACUCCAUAUUUUACACAAAUAUUGUACCCGUUUAGUGCAGUUUAUAUACUCAGGGAGAACAUCUCUAUCAUCUUGUUUAAAUUCUGAAUUUCCUGGCUUCUGUGCCAUCAAGCCAGACUGUUAUCACUAUUUUAGUAUAAUGGUUGGUGUAUGAACUACCUUAGUUUGUAAGGUUGCUUUAAUUAAAAAAAAAAAAUCUGAACUUAAUUUUUUUAAAUGUUUUUUACAACCCCUCCCCCCCCCCCCCCACACACACACACACACAAAUCUGUCUUGUGUUUCCCUAUUUGGGAAAUUCUGUGGCAGUAGCUUGUAAAUGUGACUCUUUAUGCCUUAAAAUUUGAGGGAACACAUUGUCUUUUUUCAGCUUUUAACUUUUUCUAGAGAACUAUAGGUAAGGAUCUUUUCCUUAAUUGAUGGUAGACAGAUAAUUUGUCUGGAGCUUUUUCAGCAAUAUGAUAUGCAGUUUCCUGGCAUGUGCAAGUCUAAAUCCAAAAGAACCAUGUUCAGGAAUUUUCCACUGAAGUGACCUGUUCAGAGAAUAGUUUAGAGUUCAAGAAGGGGAACCAAAAUGAUAAACAGUGUUUCCUACUGGACCAGUUCCUGGGUUGAGGAACUCAUCUAAAUGAACACCCAUCUCCUGAAUGCUAUUAUUUCAGCGUCUUUCCUUCCUUCUGGGAUUGCCAAGGUUGGAGGUGGUGGCCUACUCCCACUUUCUUUGAAAUUGUGAAGACUCCUUUCUCAACUCUUCUCACAGAGGAAGCUAGUGUUCAACUCCAAUUUGGCUCUCCCACCUACAAGUUUGUCAGGCACUGCAUCCUUUAGGGCCUAUGGCCUCUUAAAAACUUGUUUCUAGUCAUCCAAUGAUGAACAAAAUCUUUUAGAAAGCUGGGAGAGGGAGCAUGUGUGCUUGCUGUUCCUGCAUUAGUCAGCCCCAGAAUCAAACAGAACUGUAGGCUCUAUGUUGAGAAGCUUGUCUUCAGCAGUGGUAGCAUUCAGAAACUGAUAGAGAAGCUGUUUUGCAUCCAAGAGAUUUUGAAAUUGUGUACAGAAUUUUAAUCUACAAUAAGAUGGGCAGGCAAUAAGUAUUAAACCAGCAUGAAUCCCGCACAUCCAGUUUUGACAUCUGUAACUUUGGAACAAUUCUACAACCUUAAAUUUCAAAUCUCAAUUUUACUCUCAACUUUCUGCCAUGAUUCAGCCUUAAGCUCAUUUAUAAUGCUACAUGCUAUAAUUUAUAAUGCUAUAAUGCUAAUAUGAAAUAUCUUCAUUGUUUUAUUCCUAUGAAAUAGCUUUAAUAUGUUUUGUUAUGGAGACAUACUUGCAGUGUACCUUGAGUUAGCUGUGCGACAAAGAUUGUUUUAUUAUCUUUGUAUGUGUUAAUUUAGAAAGAAAAAAGAUCCCUUUAUUCAAACACCUGUAACUCGUUUAUGUUAAACUAUUUAAAGUAUUGCACUUGUUUUAUUUUUACCUGACAGGCUUUAUGGAUCUUCACAUAAAGAUACGCAAAAACAGUCUGUAGAGUGUACCUUCCUGAUGCUGCACAGAAGCAGCAUUUAGGGUGUUACUGCCCCUGAGACUUAUAAUUCUGGUUUAGGUUAGUGGCAUGUGUAAAACCAAGAACAGAAUAAAGAAGUAGAAAUAAUAGAACAUUUUCCAGUAGAAAACUCUAAAUUAAUGAUUGUCUAAGUGAAAUAGGUUUAAGGGCAAAACUAAAUUUGCUUUAGCUAAUGCAUAUGCUUUCUGUUGUAUGAAAUCAUUUAAAUCAGUCUUUAUAUGAGAAACAAGCAUGGCUUUUCUUUUUGAAUAAAUUAAAUUUAUCUGCACAGAUGUUGAAAAUUCUGCUCAACCCCCAUCAAAGCUUUGGUUUAUUUGUCUUUACAUUAAAUAAAUUUAUGUGGAGGGUGCACAAAUAAAUAAGGUUAUGCUUGUAUUUGUUUGUUUAUUCCUGUACCCCACGCUGUGAUAUAACAGGUUGGAAGGUAAUUUUGGCAUCCUUAAUCAAAGCAUGGUCCUUGUCUUCAUGUAUAGCCUCUUUUAAAAUCUUUGUAUUGAAAUGAGGAUGAAACAUGCCAUAAAAAUGUAUGUACUAUACUAAUUUUAGUUCCUUGUACUUCUUGAACAAGCCUUGCCAUCACAAAAAUUAUCAUACAUUAUGUCACUAUU